UCUGCUUCCUGUGUCUAUUGUACUUUUGGUGCAUACAGGUUUCAGAAUGCCUGAGCCAGCGAAGUCCGCUCCUGCGCCGAAGAAGGGCUCCAAGAAGGCGGUGACUAAGGCACAGAAGAAGGACGGCAAGAAGCGCAAGCGCAGCCGCAAGGAGAGCUACUCGGUCUACGUGUACAAGGUGCUCAAGCAGGUGCACCCGGACACGGGCAUCUCGUCCAAGGCCAUGGGCAUCAUGAACUCGUUUGUCAACGACAUCUUUGAGCGCAUCGCGGGCGAAGCGUCGCGCCUGGCGCACUACAACAAGCGCUCGACCAUCACGUCCCGGGAGAUCCAGACGGCCGUGCGCCUGCUGCUGCCGGGCGAGCUGGCCAAGCACGCCGUGUCCGAGGGCACCAAGGCCGUCACCAAGUACACCAGCUCCAAGUAGACUGGGCACCACAGCAGAUAAAGCUGCCGUCUGCAAGGCUGGCAUUCCAGUUCCAAGAGUCUUGGCUGUUUCACUUUC